AUGGGUGAUCAUGUAGGGAGAGCCCGCGAUGGUCUCUACGAACCAGUCCUCGCCGAUAGCGAAAGAGAAGCCGUUGCCGACCUUCUCCAGUAUCUCGAAAACCGGGGUGAAACCGAUUUCUUCUCAGGCGAACCCCUUCGAGCUCUCAGCACCCUCGUCUUCUCCGAAAACAUCGACUUGCAACGGAGCGCAAGCCUGACUUUUGCCGAAAUCACAGAGCGAGAUGUUCGCGAGGUCGAUCGUGAUACUCUCGAACCGAUCCUCUUCCUCUUGCAAAGCCCCGAUAUUGAGGUGCAGCGUGCCGCCAGCGCGGCGCUAGGAAAUCUCGCGGUCAACACCGAAAACAAGGUUCUGAUUGUCCAGCUCGGCGGACUCACGCCACUCAUUAGGCAAAUGUUGUCGCCGAAUGUUGAGGUACAGUGCAACGCAGUUGGAUGUAUCACAAAUUUGGCCACACAUGAGGAGAACAAGGCGAAGAUUGCGCGCUCUGGCGCCUUGGGUCCUCUGACGAGGCUGGCAAAGACGAUAGACGAGAACCGCCAGCAACUCGUUAACGCCGGCGCAAUUCCGGUUCUUGUCCAGCUUCUCUCUUCAUCUGACGUCGACGUCCAGUACUACUGCACGACGGCUCUCAGCAACAUUGCAGUCGAUGCUAACAACCGACGCAAACUUGCCCAGACUGAGUCCAAGCUCGUCUCGUCGCUGGUCACGCUUAUGGAUUCAUCAUCACCUAAGGUUCAGUGCCAGGCAGCGCUCGCUCUUCGCAACCUUGCUUCUGACGAGAAGUACCAACUCGAUAUUGUGCGAUCAAACGGUCUCGCGCCUUUGCUUCGACUCCUGUCUUCAUCCUACCUCCCCUUAAUUCUUUCGGCCGUCGCCUGCAUACGAAACAUCUCGAUCCACCCCCUCAAUGAGUCGCCCAUCAUUGAAGCCGGUUUCCUGAAGCCCCUUGUCGACUUAUUGGGCUCUACCGAGAACGAAGAGAUCCAGUGCCACGCCAUCUCAACCCUUAGGAACCUCGCUGCCAGCUCUGAUCGUAACAAGGCCCUCGUCCUUGAUGCCGGCGCAGUUCAAAAGUGCAAGCAGCUCGUCCUCGAUGUGCCGGUUACCGUUCAGUCCGAGAUGACCGCUGCGAUUGCUGUUUUGGCUCUUAGCGAUGAGCUCAAGUCUCAUCUUCUCAACCUCGGCGUCUUUGAAGUUCUUAUUCCUCUCACUCAUUCACCUAGCAUCGAAGUCCAGGGCAACAGCGCUGCAGCUCUUGGAAAUCUCUCUUCGAAAGUGGGAGACUACGCAGUCUUCGUUCAGGAUUGGAAAGAACCCAACGGCGGUAUCCACGGAUACUUGACAAGAUUCCUCCAGAGCGGCGAUGCUACGUUCCAGCACAUAGCAAUCUGGACUUUGCUUCAGUUGCUCGAGUCCGAGGACAAAAACCUCAUUCAGUUAAUUGGCCAAGCACAAGACAUUGUUGAUCAGAUCAAGGAGAUCGCCAACCGUCAGAUCGAGCCGGACAACGAAUUCGAAGACGACGAUGAAGGCGAAGUUGUCAACUUAGCACAGCGGUGUCUCGAGCUUCUUGGCCAGAGCGGCUCGAAGUCUCACAUUGAAGGUUAA